UCUUUUUCUUUCUUUUUUUUUUGUCUUUUAUUGCUUCUUCUCCUGGAUGGCAUCUGACAGCCGUCUGCGGGCGGAGAAAAGGGCGUUCGGAGGGAGCGCUGUGCCGGUGGAGAGGGAGAGGCUGCUGCACACAGAGAGAUCCAGCGUGCGGAGGUCGGUGUCCGCCAUGGAGCGCAUGAGCUCGGCACCAGAGAUGAACGCCGUGUGGCGUGGCGACGGGGGAGAGGAGCGGCACGGCGGCGGCCGGCGGGAGAGAGGAGGGCGCCUCGCCGGCCUCCCCGCCUCUCCCUCUUUGUCAUCCGGUGAAGAGAUGGGGAGAUAAAGUAGGAAGGCCGAGGUUGCUCCUUUACUUUUUUAAGAUCAAACCUGCCACGUGAGCACCAUGUCAAUGCCACAUGGACGAAGACCUAGUUAAAAGAGUCAUGUCAGAUAAAAUCGGGGACAAAACUACUGAGGUAUGUUGUUUGCACCGUUUUAGUAAGUUGGAGCACGGGUUGCAUCGAAUCAAGGACGAAAAUCAGACCACCAUACCAUGUACAGCCCACAUAUCAAAGGUUAACAGAAGAGCCCACCUAGUCCACCUUGUUUCUUUCUCUCGUUCUCCUCCUCUCCGUCACGCUCUAGCGCCGCCGCGCUUCCUCACGCCGGCUACCGGACUCCAACUCCGGUCGCCCUCCAGCAGCCGCUACUGCCAGGAAUCGGUUCCCGUUGCUCAACACGAGGUGCCGCCGCCGGCCAAACUCUGGCGACGUAUGGACUCUAGGAAGGUUUCCAGGCCUUCACUACUGGUGCGAGCCCUACUCCUCUCUGAUUCCCUUGGCCAAUUGUCCCUGGAUGCUCGACUCCCUGCCGCCGCCGCCGCCGCCGCCGAGAUGGCCGGUGCUGCCUGCCCCUGUCUCGUCCUAGCUCUAACCCUAGCCGUCGCCCCGCCUCUCCAAUUGCCGCUGCUGCCGUGGAGAUGACUGGUGCCAACCACCGCGCAACUCCGGCGGCUGCGUCCUAUCCCCAUUGGUGACCACUCAAACUCUCCCUUCCUUAUCUGAUUCUUAUGACAAUGUUCUGGUGUGAUGUUCUCUCUUGUAUGAUGUUGUGCCGUGACAUGCAUUGGGGAUAAUUAUGGACUAGCACUAAUACUCAACUUGGUCAUGUUGUGCUGUGCUUAUGGUGGUCUCUGUUGGUUCUAGUGAUUUAUUUGGUUGAUGCCUAUAUGCUAUGAAUGGAUAAAUGAAUGCUCACAAUUCUGAUGCAAGUGCAGUACUGAAAUGAAAUUAGAAAGGAUAAUAAAAAAAGUUACACUAACAUGAUUAAGUCCUUAUAUAUGCUAGCAUAUAAAAGUAACUGAAAUACCGGAAUCAGUAGCACACUAGAAUGAUCAGAACCACAUAUAUAUGUUUGCAUGUUGAAAUUAUCUAAUUUCUCAAAUUAGUGACACAGUAAUAAAAUCAGAUUUGAAAAUAAGAUUUAUAUUGAAUAAUGCAACAAUUACAUGGUUUUAUACUUUGAUAAUCAUGGCAAAAACCUGCACUAUAGAUAAUAGAAUUAUAACCCAUGAAAUCUAAUCUUGAAUACAAAUAGAUGGUGACUGAUUUCUUUGAAUGAUUUAUUUCUACUGUCUUUAUGUCCUGAUUAUUACCCUAUAUGAUUUACUGAACAAUAGGUUAACUUAUGAAAUACUUUAUUAGAAUUUUGAUAAAGGAAGAGUUUAACUACUGAUAAACUGAUAACUAUAUGUUAUAAUUUUAUUUUGAUGCCCUGUCCUAAACAUUUGCUUUAUUGUAUUAAAUGAUUUGCUACAAAAACCUACUGUAUUGCCCCAUAACUCUAAAGGCUCAAUUUAAUUUAUUUACGAUGAAACCAACAACUGCAUUGUUUCUAUAUGUUUUACUGUGUACAAUUCUGAACUAGUGAUGGCACCGAACUUCUAUAAAGCUCCGAAGAUUUUAAACAAUCAAGUUAUAAUUAAUUCCAUUAUUCUUCCACUCAAGAUUUAUUAUGCGGUUCUUUGAUGACUUAUGAUUUAUAAAGGAAACUACACAUAGAUAUAAAUCCUUAAAUCAAAUGCACUUUUAGAUCACGUAAAAGAUACCUCGUGCUGUUUGCUAUGUAAUUAGAUGGUUGAUCUAUACUAGAGUUAUCUUACUGGGAAUCUAUUUAUUUUGUAAUGAUACUAACUUGCUGACAAUUACUCGUCAAAACUAUUCCUUGCUUAAUGAACUAGGAAUGUAUAUACUGUGCUCCAAUUUAAAUCCUGGUUUUGGUCUUCCGGUUAUAGCUGAAGUGCUCAUACUUAUUUUUACAAGGAUGCAUAUAUAUACUAUAUAAUUCACAACACAUACUACUAGUAUAUGCACAGAUUCAAUUGCAUGCCAGCAAUGGAGUUUAUUGUUCAGGUUUAAUGGAUAUAAUUAUUGCAUGCACACAGCUCCUAAACAUACUAGCAUAUGCAUCACACAACAAUCAUGCCAUGAUAUGAUUUCUGUUCCAUUUUAAUCUCUUGAUUACCUGUUUAAUGGCUCUAGUGAAGCUGUGAAGGUUGAGUGAUUCUCUUGCUGCAACUGUAGCUUCACCCCCUUACUGGAAUUGGGCACUUGAAUAUUUCUCCUCCUUGUGCUGAAGCACCAGCUGCUCCUCCAGAAACUGAAAUAUUUGGGCACUUACUUCUUCUUCUUGAGCUGGAUUGCAGGACCAUAUAUUGCUCCAUCUUCAGGAGGUCUCUCUGCUCCCUCACCUCAGCUUCUUCUGGCUGCUCUGAUUUAUAUGAUGAUCUUGGUUCUUAGCCAAUUGGAUCACAAAAAUAAUGCAAUAUUCUGGUGCCAAAAAGUGAUGCAGUUGGGUUUUAUACGUGACAAAUGGAGAAAUGAGUACAGUAGUAGUAGUUGUACGUAGUUUUAUAUAAAUACCAGAGUGAGAUGGCUGGCUAGGGGUGGGUUCCACUCCCAAUGGCAUGGGCGAACACCGUCCGGUGGGGUGGGUCACAGCACUUGCCAUGGCACACGAAAAGUGCGGGCUAUGAAAGGUUCCAGAGGCGUCGAUGUGAGAUCGGACGGUGCAUCGGAAUGGGUGGGUCCACAAGUCAGUCUCACCGUACCCGUACGUGACAGAAGUGAGCAGUGUAUAAAUACCGCGAGAGGAGAGGAGAUUGCUUGUUGCUACAGUGUUCCAUUCACCUUCUUCCUCCUCGCCUCGCCGUGACAAGCGAUUGGAGAGCGCCGAAAGGCGAGAAUGGCAUGCCCCGAGGCGCGUCUGAAUAAGGAUUGCAAGACGGCGAGGAGGCUCGGGCUCCCCGUGGAGGUGCUGCAGGAGGGCCAGCCGAAGGUGCUCCAUGACGCCGUCGACAACAUCGUGGUGAAGGCCGGAUGGAUUGUGCGUGUUUCAAGCGCCUCCGGGCUGGCGGCGGCUCUUGUUCAGGCGGAGAAUCAUGCUCCUGCUCCUGCUCCUGUCGAUCAGCCUCUUAGAGUGUUCAUUGUGCCAUACCUUCCUCCAGCGGAGGCGCCUCUCAUCCUAUCCAAGAUCGAACAAGCCUCCGCCGACGACUCUGUACCUGGCUUCAUCGUGAUCAAUCCAAAUCUGCUGGAGACCAAGGAAAAAGCCCGGCUGGACAUCAUGCAUGAGAUUUCAAGGGUGCAGAACAUUCGGGACAAGUACCGUCACCCGUCGUCACCAGCAACAGCAACAGCUCCACUAGCUCCAGCUGAUGUACCCAACAAGCCCAAGCCCAAGCCCAAGGACCUCAAGGAACUCAAGGAGCAAUAUCUGCUUGCUCACUUGGUUGCCGGGCACUGGAGGAUGGCAAGCAACAUUCUUGAAUACGUCGACAAUUUUCUGUUCCAAUCAUUGAGGGAAAAAGAUGAGGAGGAAGUGAGGAUCGCGAUGCAACGGCUUCAAGACGAUCUGCAGAAAAAACACCAUGGAAGUCAGCACAGUGUCCGAAGGAUUGCUCAUGAACUACUUGGAAUUGCCACAAUGAGCAAGUGGGAAUAUAGGAAGGAACUACCCUUACCGGCAGCUGAGGAUGGAAUGACUAUGAAGAAGAAGCUCAAGUGCCACGCAAAGAAGCUCCGGAAGCUCCUCACCAAGCACACAUUGAUGGGAGUAGUGCCGCUCGUCUGGGCAAAGCUGGAGCCGAUGCCAAUGAUCACGUCAUCCGGGAGAACCAUCAAGUCGAACGCGAGAUUCACGGGUCCUGAGUGGACCGCGUGAAACUGGGUGUACUAGUAGUAGUAGGAUCUAUUCUCCUAUCGUUUGUUCCCCACAUGUUCCUAAAACUUUAGUUAGGUUGGGUGGAAAUACAUUGCCAGUGUCAUGUGCUGAACUGAAAUUCACAGCACCAGGUGAUAACACAACAGUAUCAUCAUCUGAGUCACCUUAUGUGCUGGAGAAAAAUGUGCAUCCAUGGGAGAAGAAUCAAGAUCAUAGACAUUGCUAGUUAGUUGAUCAAAUUCUCCUGGCUCUGGAUUAUAGAUUCCAUUUUUGCCGUUCUCAUCAUCACCGUUGCUUGCUGAAACAACACAAUUCUCAUUUUCAAUAUGUCCAUUCUGACCAUUGUCAGAAGGUGGCAUCCAGUUAGAAUCCACUCUUGUUAAUUUCCCACUGGCCAUUGUUGUUU